ACCGCCAUCUACCCAACCCUGCAACUAUUUCAUCCCCUCGCAAUCUUCCAAACGAAGUGAACAAUUGAAAGUGAGAUUUUGCAAGUUUUAUUCUCUCUUAUUGUCCUUUGAUUGUCCAAGGUUACAAAAAGAAAAAAUGAAAAACAACCAUAGUACUCUUAUCUAGUCAGUAGGUAUCAUUGUCUCCAUAGUAUCUCAAUAUGUUCUUUGAAACAACAUCUAUCUCUUUCCAGUAUAAGGAGUUUUUUCCAAUUUAUGGAUUUCGUUGAGAUUAAGGAUAAGCUGAACACGAAUAACUCUCAUAUGUACUGGCAAUUGGGGUUUCUGGGUUUUUCAGAAUGACCAUGAUUCCUUCUAAAAACCUCUUCAGACAGCAGUUUUGUGGUAGUUAUUAUCAGGGUUUUGGUCUUGUGAGCCCAUCAGAUGGUUUUGAUUAUUCUAGUGAAACUUGCUUAUUAGGAUCUGAUCACCAGGUUGAUCCAAUGGAGGAAGAUGAUUCAAGAACUGGGAGGACUGUAAAUGAAACUUCAGGCUCCAGUUUAAAAGAUUUUCAAGAAGAUAAAGAUGAAGGGUGGCUUCAAUUGAGUAUUGGUGGACGCACAGUUAGCAAAAAUAAGAAGCAAGAUCAGGUUGAUAAAAAAAGGAGAUUAAUCGAGCUUGAUCUUCUACCAAGUAGUAAUUAUAAUUCUGAUUCACAAGUGAUGAGAAAUUUAGACCCUAUGCUUAACAUGCCGGAAUAUUCAGCUCCUCAGCCUACAGUUAUGAAUUUGGCUGCCGGUUCAGGCUAUAACCUCCCAAUUAUCUGGCAACAUCCUGCCGGAACUAGUUCUAAUUUUCCUCGUCAAGAGAUUAACAAGACGUUUAGGCCUACUCCAGUUAAUAUAGCAGCAUCUUCGUCGUCAAUGCCACCGCUUCCAUUUCAACUCCAUACCGGACUGGGUACCUCCGAGCCAGGUCUAGAUUUUAGAGUCAUUUUUCCUCCUCGGAGACCACAUUCUGGCAUAUGGUUUAUGCUACAAGCAUCACAAAAUCAAUCAAAAGAACCAUUUCUGCCUCAGAUAUCCAGAAGCUAUCUAAGAAUCAAGGAUGGAAAUAUGACGAUUCAAUUCGUAAUUAAGUAUCUGGUUAAUAAGCUCAGACUUGAAAGCGAAUCAGAGCAGAUAGAGAUAACAUGUAGAAGGCAAAAGCUUCAACCUUUCUUGACGUUGCAGAAUGUCAGGGACAACAUAUGGAAACCAAUGGAGAUGGUAACUUUGCUUCCAGAUUCCUCAACUACUGAUCAUAUAAUGGUGCUACACUAUGGAAGAAGAAGUGAUUAAUUUAUUUAAUUAACUUUUCAUCCCACAUUUGUAUUAUUUAUAAAUGCCACUGCAUUUUCCUACUUUUAGAUAGUGUGUUUGUUGCUUUCUUAUUCCUCUUUAUUUAUUGAUUUUUGGUCAAUUAACUUAUCUGUAAUGAUCUUGAAGAUAAUAUAUAUAGUACAUCGAAACCCCAUGAUAACAUGCAUGCCCGAGGAUAGGGAUGGCAAUGGGAGUACCCCAUCGUUGCACGACGAGGAUUUUAUCACCCUGCCCCAAUCUCCA